AGGAUGUGGAAUUAGAAGAAUUGGAGGAAGUGGAUGAGGAGGACAUUCAGAUAAAAAGAAGUCGUGGACGUCCCCGAAAAACGGACAAGAAGCCAAAGAAGAUAACAGUACACGGCAGGGGCAGAGGACGUCCCCCACAAACUGAAAAGUCAAAUAGGAAUAAAGAAAAAAGUGGGGCAUCUGAUGAGGUAGAACUGAAGGAAUAUGAGACAAUUGAGGACUCUGAGGAGGAAAAUCUGUCUCACAGGAAAAGGGGAAGGGGAAGACCUCGCUCAGUGGACAAAGUGUCACGCAGUCGAAGGAAAAGUCCAUUAAAUUCAGCAGCAAAUAGCAAAGAUUCCGACGUUGAGGACUGCAUUGAGGACUCCAGUGAUAGCUGGGACAGUGGAUCUGAGGCAGAGGACAAAGAGGACACAGACUGGGAUAUCUCAGAUGAGAAUAACCUCAAAAUAAAAAAACAAAAACCAAUGAAAAGAGGCACUUGGAGCUCCCCUCGAGAUGUAAACAAGCCUGGAAAAAGGAAGAGGUACACUUCUGCUUUCUCAAGUGAUGAGGAGGAAGAGGAAGAAGUAGACCCUGAUACAACCAAUAAAACUACCAGUCUGUCUGUCAGUAAAAAGACGAGAUUGGAAGACAAAGAGGGAGAAUCAGAAAAUGAAAGUACAUCCCAGAAACCUCUCAAGAGAGGUCGUGGAAGACCACCUAAAUUGCACAAAGAUGGAGAUGAAGACAUAAAUGAUGAAGAAUGUUUACAAGACAGGGAUUCCAAAAAUGAAGGACCAUCCCCAAAAUCUCUCAAGAGAGGUCGUGGAAGACCUCCUAAAUUAAACAGAAAGACAGAAAGUGGGGGAGAUGAAAACAUAGAGGUGAAAGAAAGGAUGAAUUCAAAGGAAGGAGAGAAUUCAAAAGAUGCAGAGUCAGAAAAUGGAGGACCAUCCCCAAAAUCUCCCAAGAAAGGUCGUGGAAGACCUGCCAAAAUACAAAGACAGACAGAUCUGACAGAAAGAGGGAAAGAUGAAAAAAGUGAGAUGGAAGGAAAGAUGAAUUCAGAGGAUGGAGAGAGAUCAAUAGACAGGGAUUCAGAAAAUGGAGCACUGUCUCCAAAAUCUCAGAAAAGAGGUCGAGGAAGACCUCCUAAAGUGAAAUGACAGAAUUGAUUAAACAGAAAAAAGGAGAAAUCAUGGAAGAGGAAGAAAAAAAAAUGAAUUCUGUUCGAGAAUGAAAUGAAGUCAGUGAUGAUUCUCAGUAUACACAGAUACAUUAUAUGCAAAUGCCCCAGGCAGCACAAAGUAGAAAACUUAUCACAUCUUCUACUUUAGAAUACAUACAUUUAGCUUAGUAAUACUAAAUUUGUUGAAUCAUAUCAAAAUUGUCAGCUGGGCUUCCUCCUGUAAAACAGAGCUUUAAAAGUAUACCAGGGUUAGUGAACAUUUUUGGGAAAUUUUACAUGUAAAAUGUACAUGUGUAAUGCAAGUCUAUAAGAGUCUAUCUAAAAUUCUGUGUAAAAAAUGACAAAUAAUUACAACGGAAUCAUUUCUAUGACUCUUAUUCAAAAUUAAAGAAAGCAAGUUAAAAUUCUUUAUUUUUUGUUUAUUAUGUCUUUUAAUCAUGUUUUUAAAAAUAUAUUUUAUUCAUUUAUUUUUCUUUGUGUUUGUUUGAUUGAAUUGAAAACCAAGGCUUGCUUUGUUUUGCAUGUUUUUAGUUUGCAAAGAUAAUUUACUGAUACAUGUAUAUUGCGAAUUUGUUUCAUUUGUUGUUUUGGUUUUUGCGCGGUUACUAUAAAUGUAAUGCUGAAAACAUAUGGUCAUGGGUAUUUUCACUCUUUUGAGAGCUUACCUAUUUGUACAAUUUAAAACUUAUUGAGUUUUCCCUAGCCCCCAACCAUUGAGGGGGAGGGGGAGUGUAGAUUGUUUAAAAUUGAUAUUACAUGCCCCUGUCUUGUUCAUCACUAUUAUUAAAGUGUUCAUAAUAAAUCUAGUCAAUUAGAAUAUUUAGUCCUCUUCACUAUUUUAUUUCCUUAACCAAAAAAUAAUUUGUACUCUGCUUUAUAAAUUUAUUAAAGUGAACAUGUAGAUACAUGUUGUUAUAACUUGUUGUCAAAUCAAGGUUAGUUUGAUCUGUACAUUGUACAUAUAGAGGCCAA